CCCUCUCAGUCUUUAAUCUUCGAUCCUCAAGAUAAGAUAUGGGCAACUGUUUUCACUGAGGAGGAGUUGCAAGAGAUAAAGACCAACAAAGCACCAGAAUUGACGCCAUUGCCGGAUAGCAUGAAUGAGUACUUGGCAGAAUACAGCAAGCUUCAAAAUCUGGAUGCAAUUGUAGUAAACGGCAAACACAACUUUCAUCGCCUCAAUCAACCAGACUUACAUUGGAUGAACAUGUCCAUUGCCAAGGCUCUGGAUGUUCUUUACUAUGAUUACCUCAGCAAAUCCCGCAGUGAGGCUGACCUACUCAAACAUGUUUGGUCCAUAAUCGACUGCUGCUUUUUUGAAGGUGAUAUUGAUAUUACCUCUGGCGAACACAACAGCAAAAGUACCAGCAGUCGCGUCAAUGACGACUGA